AUGAAUCUUUUGCAGAUGAGCAGUAAGAACCCCCGCGGCCGAGAGCUGCAGUUGCAACACCAGAAUUCAUUCGUCCCGACGAAGAUUCAUCAUCUCCGCGGAGCUACUACUGCGCUGCAACACAGCGCGCAGCCACAGCUUCGUGGGCAGGUGGGUGUAAGCAGAAACAACAAGUGGCAGGAACAAAAUCAUAUGCACCGAAAAAACCCUUCUUCAGCACCCGCGCCGCCGAGUAUGUCCAGUCUCCAGAGUUGCAGCGGCCCCGCGGUGGACGAGAUAUUAGACAGAGACGAGGAGGACGAGGAGGAAGAUGAUUCCCUUCUAGUUGAAGACGAGUUUCUGUCCUCUGAGGGGGGAUGUUCUCCUGAGCAGGGGCAGCACGAUAAUCAUCUCCACCACGACGAAAUUAUGCUUCACGACGACAACGCCCCGCCGGGCGCGACGACCCACACUGGAGAAGACGGUGGACAUCAACAGCAGCACCAAAUUGACGAGGAAAUCGGCAUUCGCACUUGUUCGUCUUCCACCACGACGAGUUACCUGCACACCAACACCAGCCCGAACCUAACCCCGGCGAACCGGAUGAAGAUUGUCAAUGAAAAGUUGGUCCAGAAGAAGUUCCGCUUGCCAAAGAACCGCAGACGGCAGUUUGGAGAGCAGCAGUCAUCUACUUCACCUGGUGUUUCGAAAUCCACACCGCAGCGCAUGUUGAUCAAGAUGAAAAAUAUUAAACACGGUGUAGUACUAACUACAACAUCACAAGGCGUGACAUCAACUACGAUUGCGAACAUCAAAGCUAACCUGAACAAUUCGGGUUCGCCCUUCACCGGAACAACUACGUCACCAGCGCACCAUCACACGAAACACUACGCCAUGAAGAAGCGGCUGAUUUACUUUCUCCUAACCCUUGCAGCGAUAGCGCUGGUUCUGGCGUUGUUGAUCGUGUUGGCGCCGCACACGGUGUUUGUCUUCCAGUACUUGACCACGAAAACCACGGCGUUGCUGAAUCUAGGCGGGGGCGGUAGUACAACUCUAAUUCGGGAGCAGAAUGCUGGAUCGAAUGGUGGUAGCGGAUCUACUCUUCAACAAGGUAUUAAAGGCGGCGUGGCAGCGGCUGGUGGUGGUGGUGGUGGCUCUAGUGCUGCAGGAGGAGCUGCAAAUUCGGGCACGGCAGCGGCCUCUAGUAGUGCUGGUAGUAACGACAGCGAUCAGGUCGUUCUUGUUGAGCGCGAAAGGAUGCGGAUGACUGCACACGACAGAAACUCUGUGCAUCAAUCUACGACUUCUGUCCAUUCAGGAACAGGCAAUGGGAAUCAUGGCAAGGGCAUACAUCUAAGCGGGCGCAGCGCAACUUCUACGCAGCUGGGCGCGGGUAGCGGUCAAAUUGUUCUCCUGCCGCAUGCAGGUUCAUCUGGUAAAAAUCAGAGUCAGAAGAAAAUCGGGACCACGUCGUCGAACAAGCACGGUCGACCACCGAAAGCCGUUUCUCUGUCGCCGACGUCUACCUUGACGCUUCCGAUACCUGCAAUUGCUGGAUCUUCCAGUAGUGCAGCUUCAAAGCAGCAGCAACAGCAACAGCGCAACUUGCCUCGCAAUAAACACCACGACCGCAAAGAACAACGGAACGGCGUCAAUAAUCACCACACUCCGGAGCAUGGCGUUCGCGCGGAUCUUCCUGGUGACGGCGCAUCUUCGACUGGGCCAAGAAAUCCUCGUGUGAACAGUCUAACUUCACUAGAGCGGUGGCUCACUGCGCCCGCAGGUAACAUUUUUCCCGAGAAAGCGCCCACCGCUGGCCAAUUACAAAGAACGAGGACCGCACCCGAAGCAAGUACGAAUUCGGCAGCACCAGGAGGUCGCAGCAACCGGAACCGGAGGGAACCUUCUGGAUCCCCAGUCGCAGAUGGUCGUGCGUCUCCCGGCAAUUAUCUGGCAAGUGGUAAUAUUGAAGGUGGUGGUAGAGCUCAGCCCCCGACGAGUCGCAGUAUAUCCGCUUCGCCAUCCCCCUCACCGGGGGCUGCAGAAGAUGUCGAAUCCGGCACCGAUUUUCUCUCCAUGACGGCAUCGCCUGACGCCGGUGAUAGAGCGGAAACAAAUCCGCUGCCUCGCGAGGAAGGCGAGAACGACCAAGAACAUGAAGGACAUGCACCUCUUGGCACUAACAAACCGGGCUUUCUCACACCGCUGGGAGAUCAUAGUGUCCCUUUCCAGCCGCGGCAGGAGUCGGCGUCUGUAGCUGGUGUUGCGAGUCCACCGCCGCCGGAAGGGGGGGUAGGUGCAGCUAGUAGUAGGGGUCAUGUGGCUACUUCUGAUGUUGUUCCUCCGCCACGGACCCAAGAAAACGAGACUCGUUCGGCUAGCAGUACUGGUGCUGCGACCAGUUCUAUGAAGAUUCUCCACGAGGCCGCUGCACUCUCGUCGAGUAGAGAUCUUAUUGAGAAAAUACGUGGAACCAGCAUCAGCCCUAGCCCCGCAAGAGACCAACUACAACACGAUGAUCACCAUGUGGACCACUACACUGUAAGCGUAUUCACAGAAAAAAUCAACCUAUCCCCACCUAGUUCAGCAUGACUCAUGCAGCGUAUGCUGCAUGUUUUGCAUGACAAAGAAUUGGAUGGGAAUUGGUGUUUUUUCUUGGAUAAAGGGAAGACACACCAGACGACAGGUCGCCGGAUUAUACGACGUCAGCCAGCAACGCGAGCAGGACACCCGGCGGGGGGAUCCUUUUCCCUGAGACAUCCUCAAACAGUCAACAACAACAUUUGUCCACGGCUAGACCUCCAACCCGACGGGCAAAACUGAUCAACCCGCGACCGUCUCCGAGUUUGAUGCCGGAAGAGCAGGAUGGAACGACUGGGACUGUCGCCUUGGAUCCAGAAUCUGGAUUGCAUGAAGAUCUUCCGCCGAGGGCCUCGUCCGAUGGGGUACUGUUGCAACAGUUCCGCCGGCCGACGGUGAGUGUUAAAACAGGAGGUGCACAAGAUGACUUGGUGGACCGCGCCGGCGGCGAAACAUCAACCACUGAUGGCCAUCGGGAAGAUCCACCACAUGACAGCAACUGCUACAACGACGACCGUGGUCAAUCAGCUCCUGCACCGGCUGAAGCAGGGCUGUUUCGGUCCUGGUCCACCGCGAACACUAGAAGGGAAAUAUACGCAGAUAGAAAUCAAAACCAGUCAAAAUCGCGGCAGGGUGAUCGACGUCAAACUUAUGACAACAAAAUAAAGCCCCAGCCGCCGAGCAGGGAUCUCACCAUCGCGAGUCCCGAAUUCCUGCACGAAGUGAGUUUGAGAUUGCGCAGGUGGUCCAGCUCUUGUGCGAAAAAUGCAAGCGGGUCGUCUUUUUCCUUCGGUCGGAAUUAUACGAUGGCAGCAGGGAACGUCUCUGCGCUGGACGCCUUGAAUGACAUUACCCACUUAGAAAAUGAGAGUGCUGAUCGAGUUAUAGGGGCGGACGACGAUGAUCAUAUCAUGCAGCUCUCCACGUCUUCCCGUCCGGGCGAGCAGGAAGAAUACACAGACAACCACCCGCCGAUAAAUGCGUGAUAAGAUAGGGUCGAGAGUACAAGCUCAAGCUGUUGUAUUCGGAAUUCGUCUAACGCUUUCACUUGAUCCAAACGAGAACUGGAAUCUUCGCGAUAGCUCCCUGCGCUAUCGAGGACUUCUGAUCGCAAGACAGAAGCAGAGCUUUCUUUUUUAAGUACUAGCUUUCAGCACUGUGUGUCACUGUUUCAUCCUAUAGGCAAAAAUCAGUUGUACCAAGUUGAACGCGACAAAAAAAUUGCAAACUGAAACCGUCGCAAAUAAUGACUUUAUCAUUGCCGGCGAGACUCCGAAAUCAACACGACGAGCUGCCGGAAAUUUUUAUCAUCAUAAUUGACGAAUCAAACAAAAUUGUCUUGUUUUCUUGUCUUCACUGCAAGAAACGAAUCUUCGUGACUAUCGCGAAUAUCUUUAAGUUGGUCCAAGCAAAUGCAUUGCUGAGAAACUGCAAAAUCAAACACGUUUGUGAAGAAAAAAGUAAAACUGUAGAUUGAAAAUUUUGACAACUCUAUUUUAGAGCUUGUGGUCUGGUAAAUGCCUUGUUAUUUGAAACCUUAUUUGAAAUACGUUAUCCUUGCAAAAUAGUUGUCCUUGAGUGGGCUCGAUGAAGCGAAGAUAGUAUUGCACUCUAUUUUAUUUCCUUUACUCCUGCUCAAUUUUUGGAAAUUUUGAUUUGCUGGUGGAUUUUUCGGUGAGCGUAGACGAGUUAAUAUUGUCACCCGUUUGUACCAACAGCCGAAUUUCAAC